UGGAGGAUUGCCAGGUUUUGAAGUCUGAGAACUUACAACACUUAAUGCAGUCGGAAGUUUCUUCUCCACUAAUGUUUACAACAUGCACAACUAUUAAAGGAAAGCCAUUGUGGUCUUAAAAUGCAGCUUGCUGUUAGAGACUUCAAGCACACCAUGGAAGCUACAAUGAAUAGAUUCCUCACUUUAUAUCCAGGGAGCCACAAUUCCAGCUGAGAUUCUGAACAAACGCCAUUAAUUCUAGUUUGAUUGCAUAAGGUGAAAAAAAUGUCUGCAAGGACACAAAAUUCAAGGACCUGUGGACACAGCACUUGUGCUGAUGGAAAGAUAAUUUACUGUAGCAGACCAUAGCUAGCCAAUAUGAAGGAUCGGCUUCAAGAACUUAGACAACGGGCAAAAGAGGCUGAACUUAAGUCAGGCGAUGAAGGUGAAGAAAGCAAGCAAACCGAAGACAGUAUUUACUUUAAACAACAGGCCAUUAUUUUUGAAAAAGAGCCAGUCAUGGAGAAUUUCUUAUUGGGUGCACAGAAAAUUCAAGAUGAAAUCAAUGAACUAAAUAAUGAUGUAAAGAAACUGAGUCAACAGAGUACCACCAUGGCUUCCACACGUCGGUUCAGCAUUAUUAAAAAGGACAGUUCCAACCUCGUUAAAGAAAUCAAACUCCAAGCUGAGUCUAUUCACAAACAUUUAGAUACAUUAUCAAAGGAUGCACAGCAAUCAGAGGCUGAGGCUGGAGAAGAUGCAAUCAUCUCAAGAAUGAAGAGGACACAAUAUUUAAUGCUGUUGAAGCAAUAUCAGACAGGCAUGUUAGACUUCAAUACAGUUCUAAAUACAAAGCAAGAAAAUUGCAAGAAAUUCAUUCAGCGCCAGCUUGAAGUUGUUGGAAAGGAAGUAUCAGAAGAGGAGCUAAACAACAUGGUGGAACAUGACAAAUGGUAUGUUUUCAAUGAGAACUUUCUCAGUGACGUCAAAAUUACUAAAGGUCAUCUGUCUGAAAUCGAGACUCGCCACAAGGAAUUAAUCAACCUUGAAAAUCAAAUCAAAGAGCUACAAGAUCUUUUUGUGCAGAUUUCGGUUUUGGUGCACGAGCAAGGGGACUUCCUGAACAAUAUUGAAAGGGCAGUGUUGAACACAAAAGAAUACACAGAAAAAGGCAAGGAUGAUAUCAAGCUAGCAGUAAAAUUAACAAAGAAAAAUCUCUGCAGGAAGUUGUGCUGUUGGUGUUUCCCUUGUUGUGCAUAAUAUUUUAUAAAUAGAUAUUAUGUAUGGGAACAGUGUGACUUUCAGCAAUGACUGCCAAAUAUUUAUCACUAAAAAAUUAGGAUUCACUUACAAACACAUCAGGUUUUGGAAUAUUGUGGCUGGACUGCAAAACCUGUUACUCUAAGAAAUACAUUAAGCUAAAGCAGUUUUUCCCAAACAUUUGCCAAAACUGCCACCCAAGUAAAAUGUUUAAAACUGAAGUCAGUUUGUGGGGGGAGGAGGGAGGUGAAGUUAAAGAAGAGCUGGGUAACUACAGAGCAAUGAAUUUUUUUCAUAACCAUUUUGCAAGCAACGAUGGACUUCCAAGAACAUUUUUUAUAGGAAGGGCCAUUCAAAUCAUGAAUAUUAUUAAGCACCAACAAAGAGAUAUCAAAGCGUCUUGGAACAACUCUCAGGGCUGUCCCAAACGGUCUCCACUCCAGGGCUGCCAGUACUGCCAUGGAGCUCACUGCUUGGGAACUAUUGGUCUAAUGGGUCUAUUUUCCUAACUAUAGAAGCGAAAAAAUAAUAGUGAAGUUACUUGCUACCCCUACCUGGAAAUAAACAUUAGCUUACAAAUAAACUCAAUUAGCAAAAAUAUUGAUUAAACAGGAAUUGUAGUGCAACUACAAAUCUCAAUCUGUUAUUUUAACUGGCCUAAAAAUAUGACGGCUAACCUGAAACACUUCUUUCAAUUGUCUUAUAUAUUUGCCAAACAAAAGUCCUACUUCUUAAUUCAGGUACCUCUGAAAUACUUGAGCAUGAAGAUUUAGCUUUUAAUAUUUGUUUUAUGCAGAACUCAUUGCAUUGUGAAUAUGUGCAUCAUGCACAGGAAACACAUCACACAGUUGACAGACUGAAAUUAUCUUCCAAAUAGGUUAGGUAGGGAAUAACUAAAUACAGAUAGAGUUUUGCAGGGCUUUUUUGUUCCUUCAAUUUUAAUGUAAACAUUAUGAUAUAAGAAAAUAUUACUCACUGCAUACGGUUUCAUAUUCAAUAAUUAGAGCAGAAUCAUCAAAUCAUAGAAUCCCUGCAGCGUGGAUUUAGCCCAUUGAAUCCACACCGAGCCUACAAAGUGCAUCUCACCCAGACUCUCACCCCUACCCUAUCCCUGUAACCGAGCACUAAUGCACCGAACCUGCACCUCCCUGGACACUGUGGGCAAUUUAGCAUAGUCAUUCCACCUAAUCUGCACAUAGAUUCAGAGUCAUAUAGUCAUAGAGCUUAGAAGCAGACCCCUCAGUCCAACCAGUCCAUGCUGAAUAUAAUCCCAAACAAUUAGUCCCACCUGCCUGAUCCUCAUCUUAUCCAAAUGUCGUUUAAACAUUGUAAUUGUACUCACAUUCACCACUUCCUCAGGAACUACCCAAUAUGUAAAGAAAAUUGUCUCAUGUCUUUUCGAAAUCUCUCUCACCUUAAAAAUGUCCCCCUAGUGAGUUUUGGACUGUGGGAGAAAACCUGAGCACGUGGAAGAAACCAGUGCACACACAGCGAGAACAUGUAAACUCCACACAAACGAAGGGCGUAAUCAAAUCAGGGUCUCUGGCACUGUGAGGCAGGAAUGCUAACCACUGAGCCACCACACCGCCUUGAUUGCCUUUCUUGUCAAGUAUUUCAACAUAUCCAUCAAUAAGUGUCUAAAGAUACUGGACCAAUUCUUGCUAGACUUUGAUAACUUGAGGAACAGACUGAAAAUUCAACUGCUUUUUGUACUUUGCAAUUCAAAAAAUAUUUAUGUCAUCAUUUUCCAGAAGUGUAAACUGAUCAUGAGAGCAACACGACAUCAUUUCAGUGAAAGGCUGAAACAACAGUGUAUCUUCUUAACCAGCAAGAUUUAGAGAUUAAGAAACAAUACAGAAAAUUAGAUUAGAUUAGGAGAGAGGAAAAGAGACAAAAACGAACAAAUUAUUUUCAAAUUCUGACAACUGAUUACACGUUGAAAUGAAAACGGUUUUAAUUGUUUCUGGACCAGGAAAGUUAAUUUGCAUUGUAUUAAUAAUAAUCACUUUGUUUAAAAAAAAGUACUGACAGAGUUUUUACUCCUAACUUUCUGUGGCAAGCCUAAUGGGCAGCUGAUGUACAAAUCCAUUAAUUGCUUAAAAAUAACAGGAUGCUCAAACAAAUCAAUCAACAAAUUCUGUAAAUUUGGAUCUCAUCAGCUCUUCUUAAAUCCAUGAAUUUGCUGGCCAUUUUACACAUUAACAAUGGCAUGUGCUGUUAAUCUUAAUAGUAUUUAAUCCAAUACUAAGGGGAGUAAAGAAAGGUGAGGUGAAAGAAGAUUUUAUUGGACUGUCAUUUCAGCUAUUUUGUAAUAUUUAAGAUAAUAAGUAGAAACAGUUCCAUUGGUGUAGGGCACUCUCUGGUGCCUACCCAAGUGGCCAUUAUUCAUGUUUGAGACUUCACUUUCCUAUUUCCAUUUUGCCAUGUCAUCUCUUCUAUCUUGAAAUUCCCUACACAAAGAUAGUAUAUUAAGGUAGUGGAAAUGAAAUAUUCAUUUACAAGGCUUUGGUCCUAAAUGCUAGCCCAUUCAUUACUAACUUAUAGAACAAGAGUAUUACAAAUUACCUCCAGAACUAUUCUUAUAUGUUAAAUGCAAAAAUGUCUACAAAAUUUUGGCACCGUACACACUGCCUUGUUAAAAAUCUGUAGCAGCAGUCAAAGAAGAAGCAGUAGGUGCAAUUCUUUUUGUCAUGGAAUCACAUUUUAAAGAUUAAAUAUAACAUACAUUUGCUCUUGUAAUCUCAAUACCUGAACAUACCCAUAGUAUUGUAAAGUAAUUGAAUAACAGUAUCACUUUAGGCUUCAUGCAUUUUGAAUGAUAAUAAAUUAAACACAAUGUAUGAAAUUCACUAAAUAUUUUACGAAAACAAUGCAUAAUGCAUAUAUACUGGUUGCAGAAAUAAAGAUGCAGUUGAAAGGAAUCUGGGAGAAAAAUAACAUUUUAACAUGUUAAAUCACAAUAAUGGGAACAAAAGAAUUACAAUUCUGAAAAGCACUUGUUUGAUCAGUGGAGUACAAAUCAAAGGAUGUUAUAAUAAAGUUGUACAGGAUGUAGCUCAGACUACACCAUCAGAGUUGUGUCACCAAAAUACAAAGGAAAUUUACAAGCCUUUAAGACAUUACAAACUGAUCCCUGACAUCAAGCAGUAUUAUUGAGAAAAACCAAGGCAACUAGGCUUGCCCACUCUGGAAGUAGUUGACUGGGUGUGGAUCUGAAAAAAGUCCAGAGACACUAAACGGUACAGUUGAGGGAAACAGUACUCCCUUAAGGAAAGUCAAGCUAUUAAAACGAGGGCACAUCAGUUGAAACUUUGGUUCGAAAGAAAUAUAUGCAAGAAAGUAAUCAUAUCGAGUGGUUGAAUUUGAAAACUAAUUUGACCGGUCUUCUUGAUAUGGUAUCCAAUGUGAAAACCUUAGGCUCAUCACUGUAACAUGAUACCAAGCAAAGAGAGGAAACUAAUUUUACAACAAUGAAUAGAAAAAUUAAAUUAACCUAAAGAGCUUCUCUCAUCUGUAUUAGUGUUGUACCUGUGCAAACUGACCACAGAAUGAUAGACUAUAAAUUAAGGAUUUUCUUUCCAUUAUCAAUACUUUCUUGUCAACUGCAGCUGGUGUAAUGAGGUAGCAACUCAAAUUCUUGAAAAUUUUGAUUCUAUUUGGAUCAAAAUAUUUCACAGUAUUAUGCAAAAAGCAACAGCGCUUCCCUACUGUACAAGUCAAUAUUUGACUUUCAAACAAUAUCACAUUGCUGUUUUUG